UCAUUGCUUGUAAUAUUUUGCUAACUUUGAAGAAAAUUAUUAAAUAUUUAUAUAUUUAUGUUCUGAAACGUGAAAAAUUUUAUACAUAAUUCUAUUAUGCCUACUGGUCGUGCCGUGUUGUUGUUGAGGAGAUUAUCGACUGGUGACAACAAACUCAAGAAUCUUAAUUUUAAUCAAAGUACAAGCAAGGAAUCAAUUAUUGCUCACCCGGUGUGCACUCACCGUGAUUUAGCCUUGCCAAAAAGGUUCUCUACAUUUGGUCAUAGCAAUCUACCAACUCCACCAUUGUGUAGGAAUCUUUCUGACAUUUCAAAAAUGACUAGUUCCAGUGUUGAAUCUAAACCAGUGGAAAAUUUCAAACACACCAACUGCUUAAUCUCAGAGAAAUCUCCAUACUUACUGCAACAUGCUCAUAACCCUGUACAAUGGUAUCCAUGGUGCCAAGAAGCUAUAGAUAAAGCUAAAACAGAGAACAAAUUAAUAUUCCUUUCAAUUGGUUACUCCACUUGCCACUGGUGUCAUGUCAUGGAAAAGGAGUCAUUUGAGAAUGAAGAUGUAGCAAAAAUCAUGAAUGAACACUUUGUUAAUAUCAAAGUAGACAGAGAGGAGCGCCCUGAUAUAGAUCGUGUUUAUAUGUUGUUUGUAUUAGCUACCACUGGUAGUGGAGGUUGGCCUAUGUCUGUGUUUUUGACUCCUGAUUUACGCCCUGUUACUGGUGGCACUUAUUUCCCACCUGAGGACCGCUGGGGUCGCCCAGGAUUCAAAACCAUCCUGUUGUCUUUAGCUAAAAAGUGGAAGGAGAACCAAACACAAUUUUUAGAAGCAGGCACAAAUAUCCUGGAUGCCCUGCAGAAAUUAUCUAUAGUUGAUGGAGAAUGUUCAUCUUCUAUGCCUGGUGAAGCUACGUGGGAUAAAUGUGUGCAAAGAUAUAUGUCUAGUUAUGAACCUGAAUUUGGUGGGUUUGGUAUGGCCCCUAAGUUUCCACAGGCGUCUAUAUUUAAUUUUUUAUUCCACUAUUAUGCUCGAGAUAAAUCUCACCCAGAAGGAAAAAAAUGCUUAGAUAUGUGCCUGUAUACAUUGACAAAGAUUGCCAAGGGUGGUAUCCAUGACCAUGUUUCUAGUGGCUUUGCCCGCUACUCAGUAGACAAUGAUUGGCAUGUACCACAUUUUGAAAAAAUGUUAUAUGAUCAAGGCCAACUUCUUGUUGCUUACACUGAUGCCUAUUUAGCAACUAAAGAUGUAUUCUACGCUGAAAUUGUGCGCGAUAUUAUAAAGUACGUAAAUAGAGAUCUGAGACAUGAGUCUGGUGGUUAUUAUAGUGCAGAAGAUGCUGAUUCUUAUCCAACUACUGGUGCAACUCAUAAGAAAGAAGGCGCUUUUUGUGUCUGGGAAUAUGAUGAAUUAAAGUCAAUUAUUGGAGAUAAAAAGUUAAACGAUAUACCAUAUGUAGAUAUAUUUACUGAUUACUUUAGUGUUGAAGAAGAUGGUAAUAUUUCUCCGGCUAGUGAUCCUCAUGGAGAACUAACAAAUAAAAAUGUUUUAAUUAUCUAUGGCAGUAAAGAGGAAACUGCAAAAAAGUUUGGCCUAUCUGUAGAUCAAUUUAAUCAAGUAAUAUCUGAAUGCAUUGACAUACUGUACCAAGUUCGUCAAAAGAGGCCUCGCCCUCAUCUGGAUAGCAAAAUGCUGUGUUCUUGGAAUGGUCUGAUGAUAGCUGGUUUAGCACAAGCAGGACAAGGCUUAGCAGAAAAAGACUAUGUAGAAGAUGCUAUUAAAACUGCACAGUUUAUAAAAAAUCAUUUGUAUGAUCAGUCUACAAACACACUGUUGCAUUCCUGUUAUAAAGCUGAUGAUGGUGCAGUUGCGCAAACGGAAAAGCCAAUUAAAGGUUUUCUGGAUGACUAUGCUUAUCUUAUAAAGGGUUUGUUGGACUUAUAUGAAGCCUCACUUGAUCUCAGCUGGCUGAACUGGGCUAGAGAGUUACAACAAACUCAGGACAAAUUGUUUUGGGAUCCUGAUAAUGGUGGAUAUUUUACUUGUUCAGCAGAAGAUAACACUGUUGUAUUGAGACUCAAGGAAGACCAAGAUGGCGCUGAACCUUCCGGCAAUAGUGUAGCCUGUCACAACCUUCAGCGACUAGCUGCAUAUGCAGAUAAAAGUGCGGCACCUGAGGGCGGAGAUCAUGAGAGGGAAAUGGCGAAACAGUUGCUUCUCGCUUUCUCGAAACGGCUCACGGAUUCACCCACGGCACUUCCAGAGAUGAUGUCAGCCCUUAUGUUUUAUAAUGAUUCUCCAACACAGGUGCUGAUAUCGGGCGGGUGCAGCGACCCCCGCACCCUGGAGCUGGUGCGCGUGGUGAGAUCGCGUCUGCUGCCGGGUCGAGUGCUUGCCGUCUCCGACCCGACUGCGGAGUCGCCCGCCGGUAUGUCUGACAUACUAUUAACCCGCAUCAGAUCGGCUGGCGACGUUCCCACAGCGUAUGUGUGUAGACGUUACGCGUGCUCUCUCCCCGUCACAGAUGUGAAGCAGCUUGAAAACCUGCUUGAUGAAGCGCCAGCUCAAAUUCCACCACCGAAAGGCAAAUAAAUUCCCUAUGCACAUUGUUAUAAUAAAUAUCAAGUUUUUACAUGAAUACACUUCAACGAUACUUAUAACAACGAUCUACUUUGGUGUUAAGUUGUUAGGAUAAACAUUUAUGUAAAUCAAUGUCUCCUCAUCUUUAGCUAAAACAUGUUUUAAUUUUUUUGUAAUGUUACAUACGAAAUCUGCGAAUAUUAUAGUGUAGGUUCUAUUAAUUCUUCUCAGUUUAAUGUUAUAUUUGAAAGUAAAAUAUAUUCAUGUAAAUAUUAAUUUAAAAAUAAAUUUAUGUUCGUUUUCAUAUUUUGUUAAUAAUAAAUCUAUUAGUUAUCUAGUCGAAGUCUGGUUAAGUUUGUUUGGCCAUUAUAUGAAGAACAAAAACAAAGAGUAUGACUUUGAAUUUUUGUCCUUAUGUUUUUACUGAAUAACUUGUAUAAAUUAAAAUAUAUUUUCAUUUUAGUUUUAUAAUGUAUAUACAGACACAUAUACUAUUAUUUAUAGAAUAUAGGGAUGUAUACUUACAUUUAUUGCGUAUUAUUUUACUGACCACAUUAUAUACUAUCUAAUAUUUAAAAAAUAAAAAAUGUUACCGUAAAAUUUCUAUUGCUUUUGGUAACAACAUAAAAUUCAUAUUGAUACUGUUAUAAAAUCGAUGCAAUAUCCAUUAUAUUACCCUUAUCGUACUUUUCAAUUACCUGUAUUUUUGUUUUUAAUUAAUUGAAUACAUUUUCGCAGUAAUUUCUAAAUACCGUCUUGAAUUCUUAUAGUGCUCUGUCUAAGAAUACUAAAUUAUUUUUUUGACUAUAUGAUAUUAUUUUUAGACAAUAGGAAUGUGUAUCUGAAAGUUAUAUAUAAGAAGUAAUUAUGACUAUACUAUUAAAUAAUAUAUUCAAAUACGAAUAGUUAAAUUCUAUAAAUGAGUACAUUUUAACAUACUAUCGUAUAUCCAAUAUUCUGUUGCUAAUGGUGAUAUUGCUAGUAGAAAAGUUGAAAUUGGUUUCAAUAAUUAAUUCGAUUCAAUAACUUAGUAUAUUAUAUAUUUAAUUUCCUAAGUCUACUUGAUCAUUGUAUCUAUUUAGUGAACAUGUUGAUGUAGUUAUUGGUGUAAUUUAGAUUUUUCUUACUACAUACUUAUUACUAGUAGAUUAAUACGCUUGAGGAGCUCCAUCAUUAGACAUAACAAGUUUAACACAGUUGUUAUCAGACUUAAUAGUCACAAUGUUUUUAUGUACAAUAUAUGGAAAAUUAAACAGUAUGAUUAUGUACGAAAUCUGAAGAAAUGUUAUGUGAAAUAAAAAUCCUUGUAUUUUACAGUAAUAAAAAUUUCAAAAUUGCCAUUAUUUAUCAAGGAAUGAUCUGAAAUUAUUUAGGCUGAUUAGUGUAAUAAAUUGUAAUUGAUAUAAUAAUUUAGGUUACCCUCAUCAAAAUUAUUUUAAUUAAUUGAAUGUCAUUAAAUGACACGGAAAAUAUAAUUCUCAUCUCAUUAAUGUUUUUAUUCUUAUGUUAUUGCAUUGUUGCUUGAAGCAAAAUUAUAGUUGUGAUAUUUUAUUUGAAAAA